AUGGAAGAAAUUAGUCAGAAGACGAACAACCACUCUGACACCACAGACGAGGAAGAUGAUCGCCCUCAGUAUACAAUGGCGGGUAUUUUGCAUUAUCUUCAACAUGAAUGGACUAAACGUGAAUUGGAAAAAACUAGAUGGGAAGCUGAACGCGCCGAACUACAGGCCAGAAUUUCGUUUUUACAAGGAGAACGGCGAGGGCAGGAAAACUUGAAAGUCGAUCUUGUUCGUCGCAUUAAAAUGUUGGAAUAUUGCUUGAAGCAAGAGAGAGCGAAAACUUAUCGACUAACGCAUAACGGCGAAGAACCACCGUGUUAUGACGAGCCGCAAAAUGAAAACGCUGCACCAAGUGACUCUGCGAACAGCGAUAUCGAUGCUUAUACUAGUGAGAUUGAUGGCGCUGGAAAUUGGAAGCAAAGCAGGCUAUUACUUAAACGAUAUUUAGAAGAAAUGGGAUAUAGCGAGCAUAUUAUGGAUGUACGUUCGUUUCGUGUAAAAAACCUUCUUGGUCUCAUUGCUCCGACCGACUUACCGACAAGUGAACGUUCAAAUGGGAAGAAAGGAAGAUUGGGGAGUGAAUCUGAUGAUGGCGAAGCCGAUGGUGCCCAACUCGACGCAGAUGCAACAGAAGCUCUUGAUGAAUUUUCGUUUUUAAAAGCAGAGAAAGAUACCAAAAACGAAUCCGAUGAAUGGUUUGAAAAGGGAAUGAACUUUGAGAGUCUUGUGCAAAAGUACCAGCCAAAAGUUAAGAAACCAAGCCGGGUGUCCGAGGAUGGAAAAGACUUGCAGAAUGAGGUUCACAAGAAGUUGGAAACCGACAUUCCAAUUGGUAUUGCUUCUGCUAUGAACGCCGCAAUGAAGGAAGGUGUCACUGGGCGCCAAAAUAGGCGAAGGAGCGAUAAUUUCGGAUUUGGACCCGCAAAUGAAAUAAAUGCAGCUUUAGGACUUCCUCCAGAUGACAACAUUGAUAUUAAAGACGAAUCAUACGCGGAUCAAGAUGAUCCUUCCGUUCAUCCAAUGAAAUGGAGUAUGAAAUACGCUUUGCGAAGUCAUUUAGAUUCAAUUAACGCUAUGCAGUUCCAUCCAGUCGAGCCAGUUGUUUUCACGGCAUCUGAUGAUGGUGUUGUGAAGUUGUGGAAUUUUGAACUUAAACGAGAAGAUAAACAUGGCGGCAUGGCGAAUGGUGAUCAGGAACCAGUGUACACAUUCCGCGGACAUUUCGGACCCGUUUUGUGCCUUGUUCUGUCCCCGACUGGAGAUCAACUGUUUACAGGAGGACGUGAUGGUCUCAUUUGUUGUUGGAAUGUACCACCAACCAACGGUGAUCCAUAUGAAGCUUACGAUCCACGAGUUCUCUCCGAGACCAUAAACGGCCAUAGCGACGCUGUUUGGUCUGUUGCUUACCAUUCAUCAAACAAUCGAUUAGUUUCUGCCAGCGCUGAUUCAACUCUCAAGCUUUGGGAACCUGGAAAUGGUGAACCACUAAUUCGCACCAUCGAAGCUCCGCGUAAUGGUCUUAUUCCGACAUCUGUUGAUUUCGUUUCAACUGAAACAUCUCAUUUGCUCGUUGCUUAUACAAACUGUUUUGCUCAAAUCGUUGAUAUUGAAACUGGAAAUCCGGUGAUGGUAUUCGAUUUUGGAGAGGAAGCGUUGAAGCAAGCAACACUCAACAAGAUUAUAUCGCAUCCGACAAUGCCUAUUUCGAUUGUUGCCUCAGAAGACCGAACGAUUCGCUAUUUCGACAAUGCAAGCGGACAAUUAAUUAGUUCGUCACUUGCUCAUGUCGAAGGAGUCUCAGCACUCGCUAUUGAUCCUAACGGAUUAUACUUGAUUUCGGGAAGUCAUGACGGAUCAUUACGAAUGUGGAAUUUCGAAAAGAUAGUCUGUCUACAGGAAAUUUCGGCGCAUCGUAAAAAGAACGAUUCGUCGGUAACCUGCGUGGCAUUCCAUCCAUCGAGAUCACUAAUCGGAUCCGCUGGUGCCGACGCGAUUUAUUAUCGCCGAUUAACGAAACUGGUCAAUGCGAUGGGAAUCGCUUUGCAAGGACAGGUUGCAUUGGUUACUGGAGCAUCACGAGGACUCGGUCGAGGGAUUGCACUUCAACUCGGUUCUUCUGGUGCUACAGUAUACAUAACUGGAAGGCGGCCAGAACUAAGUGACAAUUAUAAAUAUGGCCUUCGUUCAUUGGAAUCAACGGCGAAUGAAAUCACGAAACUCGGUGGAAAAGGGAUCGCAGUUUAUGUCGAUCAUUCGAGUAUGACUGAAGUGAAAUAUUUGUUUGACAAAAUAGCAUCGGAGCAAGAUGGUCGAUUGGAUAUACUCGUUAAUAAUGUUUGCGGAUCUGCGAAUCCCACUGAGUUUUCUGGCCAGAGAUUCUACGAAAUGGAUCCCUCAAUUUGGGAUUCAAUAAAUGAUGUUGGGCUUAGAAAUCAUUACUUUUGUUGUGUGUAUGCGGCAAGAAUGAUGGUUAAAAGGAAUUGCGGAUUGAUAGUGAAUGUCGCGUCUCUUGGUGGAAUAAAAUACUUAUUCAAUGUCGCUCACGGUGCUGGAAAAGAAGCGCUUAUAAGGAUGUCAGCUGAUAUGGCAGUCGAGUUGAAUGAUCAAAAUGUGUGUGUUGUGUCGUUGAUUCCGGGACCAGUACGAACCGAAUCCGUCCAACAAGAUUAUUUCGACGAGGAUGGAAAUGCGAAAACGGAAAUGCCUGGAUAUCAUCUGUUCGCCAAAUGCGAAUCCGCCGAAUUUACGGGAAAAGCGAUCGUGAGGUUUUCGCUAGAUCCGGCAAGAAUGAAGAAAACUGGCAAAACGCUGUUCACUGAAGAUCUGGCACAGAAAUAUGAAUUCAAGGACACUAAUGGAAUGGAACCUCAAAAUAUUCGAAGCGUCAAAACGAUUCUCGAAGGAUUCGGCAAACCCGAAAUUGCGAAAUAUGUUCCGCCAAGCGUCAAAAUUCCCAAAUGGAAUUGGGCGAUGCUCAACUGGACAGUGAAAACGCUUCUUGGCUUCAUAUUUUCCGUAAUUUUUUUUUCCGGACUCGUUGCGAAUGUUUUGGUAGUCAUACCCGUUUUCCGUUUGGCUUUUAAAAAGGAGAAGAAUACGAUUUUUACAAUAUCAUUUGUGAAUAUUUCGUCCGAUAUUAUUCACCUUCUCCUUGCUUCAUUUUAUUUGGGACCUUCGAUUAUUUACGAGUCGUACUUACUCGCUGAUCGCAAAGACUCGUUCGCAACUCGAUUCAUUGGAAGCAUUUUUAUGUUCUGCUGGUACAUUGGCAAUAUUAAUCAAAUCAUCAUGGCUUUGAACAGAUUUCUUGUGAUUUACUAUCACAAUCAUUUGUUCUUCAACCAGCGUAAUAUCUACAUAAUAUAUGCCCUGACAUUCAUAUUCGCGUUUGUCAAGGCAUACCUUGUCCAGUUCGGAUUUCCUUGUUGCGCUUUCAUCCUAGACCACGAAACUCUAUCCUACUCGUACAAUAUCAUUGAGGGUGUUACUAAUUGGUCGGAUCGAACUGACAUCCCGUUGAACUUCUUGAGCACUGCCAUCCCGACAGUCUGCUAUACCUUGAUUGUACACACAGUCCGAAAAACGAAUCAAACAACGGCGUCAAUUCAGCGUAGUUUUGUGCUGAAGAAGAGGAGAAAUAAGGAAAUCGCAUACACUAUCCAGUUUUGCCUUAUUAAUUUGUUCUAUACCCUUGCUUGGAUCUUCAUCCGAAUUUUUCCAGUCUUUAUGAUGAGCCAGAGCAUCAAUUGGUUUGUUUGUAUUGCCCUGUUCAAUUCAGCCAAUUCCUGCGCAAACGCGUUUGUCUAUCUUAUUUGCAACAAAGAUAUUCAACAAACAUUCCGAAUAUUUGGGAUCCGUAUAUUCAAAAGAGUUACAUCGAAUGGAACAAGUCAGCAUCACAUCGAAUCAGUCGCCUCGAACACGGUUGGAAGAAAUUUGUCAAAACGGGACGAAACUUCGCCGAUGAAUUGA